UUUCAGUUAUGACAGGUAGAUUCUGUUUUCUUGCAGAAACAUCUCAAUCUAAAUUUGACAGCACUGGUUAUUUUCCUCAUGUUCAGUAUCCUUCUGUAUGCAUGGCUUUGCACUGCACUGUCAAAAUAUUCAGUGUUUGGACUUGGUGCUCCUGUACAAAUCAGGUGGUGCAGCUUCUCUGCUAGAGAAGAGAAGGUCAAAGAGUUGUGGCUUGAGCUACAUUGUCUGGGGAAGACGUAACAACGAAGGCAGAAAUUUUAUUCACAAAAUUUAUUAUGAUGAUAACUGACAGUGCUGCAAUAGGAUUAAUUAAGAUUGCAGAGAACUUGACAAAAUAACUGAAUAUUCCCUGAAGACAUGUGACUGAGGAUGACUAUGCUGAAUUUUUGUUCCUCUUUCCCCCAAACAAAGCUUUCUGUCCAAUACCGAUCAAAAUAAGUAACAAUGUUUGGGCUUGUUUUUUUCAUUUUGUUCACUCCUGGAGUCAGUGGAUUUUUUUGUACGUCGUCAGACCUAGAAAUGUCAUAUACUUUUUGUGAUUCUACAGCUCAUGAUUUCAUGUUUAAUGUAACACCUUGCACCAUGCUGAACGCAUCCAUCUGGCAUGCUGCUCUUACCUGGGUUCCAAAAAGUGACAUCGCCUUUUUGAAGGUAGUCUUCACUGUCUGGUAUGAUGGUGCUAAAGCGUUACACUGGAAAGAAAUUGUUUGCAGUGGGGCCGACGAUGAGUACUAUGUGUGUGAAAUGCUGAAAGGAGAAACAAUUACAACAACAUUUGACAUAAAAGGAAAAAGAACAAGAUUUCCAAAGGGAGAUUAUAGUAUUAUUAUAGAAGCAUUCUCUGAUGAUUCUGAGAAGAAUAUGGUCGUGUGCUUGAAUUACACCAUGAUAGUGAAACAAGAUCCUUUCUGAACGUGACAGACAUUUCAAAUAAAUCCGGGACACAGAGGCUGCUUCUGCAAGCAACUGGAAUCCAAUCUAGGAAAUAUGAAACACUCUAAUUUUCCUGAGGUAAAACACAUCGUGUUCUGUGUGGAAAGCUACGAGAUGGAGAGUCUUAACCGCUCAUAGCAUGGCUGCAAUCGGAUCCUCAGCCAGUGCACACAAAAUCUCUUGGAAUCAGGCAUCCUGAUGAUCCCACAGAAUAACUCCAUGUGGAUGUCAGAGAGCCACGUUUCAGUGUGGUGCCUUGAGUUAUGAAAAAGCCAAGUACUUCAGGUUACGCUAGACAAACAUAAAAAUUUUUGAAGCCUUGAAGUGCAAGAACUAGAAGUUUGCCAGUACUCAACUUGAAAUAUAACAGCAUUUGAAUCUGGAAACACUGCGGGUUUUUUCUUUUGUCUUUCUUUUUUUUAUUAUUAUUAUUUUUUAUUUCUUUUAACCAUAAAAUUUGUUAGUACAAUCAGCUUGUGAAAAUGCUUUUAUUCUUGGUCCUCUUCUGAUGAUUUUUAGAGGUUUCCUAAUGUUCCACUCCAUAUGCAUGGUGAUGAAGAAGAGGAGCAACAAUCUGUUACAUGGCUGAUGUUAAUAAAAUCCAGAGUGAA